AUGGCCCUGGCCACGGAGCUGUGCCGGAUCAACGAGGACCAGAAGGUCGCGCUGGACCUGGACCCAUACGUGAAGAAGCUGCUGAACGCGCGGCGCCGCGUCGUGCUGGUCAACAACAUCCUGCAGAACGCACAGGAGCGGCUACGGAGACUCAAUCACAGCGUAGCCAAGGAGACGGCGCGCAGGAAGGCCAUGCUGGAGUCGGGGGGCUACCCGCAGGGCUCCCCCAGCAAGUGAUGCUGCUGGGCCCAGGCUGCCGUGCUGGACUGAGUGGAUUGCAGUGGGACCUCCAGCUCAUACUAACUGCCCCAAGGGCUGGUUCAGGCCCACAGACCAAUGGCUGAGGAGAGUUGGCUCCCUACAGCUCCUGCUGACAUUAGUGCCAAGGAUACCUGGGCCAGCAGCAGGCAGCUGCCUGCUCUGGGGCUUGCCCGCGUGGAGGGAAGGGGAGGUGGUUCUGCGUACCUGCCCCCUGGGCCAGCCAAGACAGCACACACUAACCCCAGCUCCAUGUACUGCACCGCUAGGCUACAGGUGGCACAAUAAAGUGACCCCCCCCCGCUUGCAAA